UUUUCCCCUGCGGAACCAAAGUUGUCGUGCGAUGUACACUGUCGGAACUAUUUUUGUACGGACAGCUAGCAAGAAAGUGUGCCUGUCUUGAGGUCAAGCAAAAUCUCUCCUGUGAACACAUUUACAGGUCACGUUUUGGUGGGACGCUUUGCAUCAUGGUGAAGAAGAAGCGACUGCGUCUGAUAGCAGAGAUGGCUCGGAAGGUCCGAGCGUACCGAGAGCUGAAGUCACGACCGCGGGAGUCCCAGAAGUACGCCCUGGACUAUGAGACGAUGAGGCGACCUCUCACGGGGAAGAUGCUGCCAGUGUUGGCCUGGCAGGAUGUCCGGAAGGAGAGCCGACUGUUCUCUGUGUUGGCAGGAAUGAGGCUGUUCGGAGUGGGCCGCAUGUUCACACGCAAGUCUUGGCUUGAGGAUCACAACGAGCCAAGCUACUGGCAGAUCACCAAGGUCAAGGUGGACUACACAGCUGAGAACAUGGAUCAUGGAAAGGCAUGGGGGUUCCUCACAUUUAAAGGGAAAAAAGAAAAUGAGGUGAAAGAAGUAGACAAGGUGAUGUACCACGAUUGGCGACUGAUUCCCAAACACAUGGAGCAGCAGUUUAAAGACUUUGAGCCUCUCCCUGAGCCACCUGUGCGCUCCGUCCCCUACCCUCCUCUGCUCCGGGCCAUGAUGCUGGCCCAACGUAAAACAGGAGGCAGCACAGUCGUGGAGGAGCCGGCACUGCCUCUAAAGAGAGAUGUGGUGCUCAACAAAGACUAUUUUCGCAGACAGGAAGAAGAAAGGCGGAGCAAAGAGGGGACAGCUGUGUAAAGGUUACCGACUUGUCAACAUCAGGGGGCCUCAACUCUCUCUGAGCUGCUUCUAGAUUAUGCUAGAUCCUGGACUUCAGAGUGUAAUGUACAUUUGAUGGUCAUACUGAGUGUGUGUUUGAAUGUGACUUUUUUGCUAAAUAAAAAAAAUGUGAAUAAAAUA